AUGACCUCCACCACCAGGUCAAUGCAGCUUCAUCCUCUGGCCGCGUCUGUCACUGCACAGGCGAUCGCAGAGUCAAGCGACAAAGACGAAGAGGACGAGGAGGAGAAUCCGGAAGAGGAACUUGCGACCUCCUCCGAUGUCGAGGCCUUCCGCAGCGGACAGAUGUUGUGUUUUGUGCGGCGGCUUUGUGGCCUGCCACUGGUGGAUCUCAAUCUGCAUUUCGAGGCUGCGUGCCGAAUCUUCUGCGAGGUUCUGCAGCCGCUGCAGCCACCGGCUGGUGUUCGGGCAGCCAGACUCGGCGAUGGCCACGGGCCCGACUUGUCGCAUGCGACAACAAAGUUUCUGGAGCUCCAGCUCGGCCAGGUUUCAGUGGUGCACAGCGAGGGAUCCCUCGUGGAUGCGGUGGAAGAAGGCUUUGCAGCGAUGCACGCGAGGAUUGGUCCGCCUCGUGUCGUCGUCCCGUGUGAGAAGCGAGAAGUAAUGUGGAGGCACCGACCACAACAAGAGCUGAAGAAACGCCAGGCCAGUUUCAAACGCCAGAAAGAAAAGCUUCUGCUUGAGCAGCAACAGUUCAUCAAAGAUCUUGAGGAUCGACGGAAACCGCCAGAGGAAGCAGCUGCGUUUCCAUCAACAAACCGCAGGAUGAACACUUUCGACUGCGGGCCCGACCAGGACGGACUUCCCAUGUGCUACAGGCUGGUUUCGGACAUCUUCCGCGACUUGCAGCCGCUGCUGCAUAUGACGAAGACGGAAGAACAUUUCGGACCAAGUCGCACAAACUUGUCCCCGCGGGCAGAUACCACCAGGCCGAGCGAAGAAGGAACACAUGCAACUGCUGGUUGUCAUGGCGAUACGAACGGAGCUUUUGCAAUCCGGCGCAAGCUUCUGAGCCCCAGCCUCCGAGGCUCAUUCAGCUGGCACGAUACAUGUGUUCUUUGGACCGGCAGCAGUGUGGUUGGGUCUGGAAUGGAAGGCUGUGUUGGCAAUCAUGUGGACGCGAUUUGCUAUCCUCCCUGCGGCUUCGGUCCGAGAGUGAGGCCAGGACAUGCCGAAAGGGCAGCGUGGGCUGUGUUAGAUGUCAUGUCAUAUUAUGUGAUGUGCGCCUGCAAGGCGAAAAUCGACUUUGUGGAGGGAAAGCCUGUAGCCGUUGAAAGACAAGCCCAGGUGCCAGUAAAAGGCUUUGCCGUGGACUGCGCAGCUCACGGUGAGCCAUUCUGCAUCAUCUUCUGGCCCGACAUCACUCCUCCUUCCGAGUAUGAAAGUAUCGGCUUGGAAGUGAAGGUGUCUGGACUCACAGGACCAGCAGGCCCGGACUCAGAGCUGAGCUUCUUUUACCAGGUGGCACCCUUCAGGCAGGAGGACAUGUGCAAGAAGAUGGUGCUGGAGGCGCGGCGCCUCAACGAGAUGAUCUCGAACCAACGCCUCUGGGCCGGCAGUUCCCUGCCGGUGGACAAGCCGAGGCGGCUUCGACGAGCGAGUGAUUUCCUGCAGCAGCACAAGAGUGCUCUUCAGCCGAUGUCCCAUCCAAGCAUGGACAUCACUGUCGACGGAGUCGAUUUGGCAGUCACGAUUCGGGCGCCGGUUCAAGCUAUCAAUGCCGAGCUGCAUGUGGUUCGCUUUGGAGGCGAUGAGGACAUCGUUCCAAGGGCUGCGCAGGCUCAGCGGCUGCCGAACUGGAACUUUCUCAUUCGCGUCAAGAUACCGCUUCCGCGCGCCCGGUACCAGCUGCGCAUCCAACCAGACUCGGCGGAGGACGGCCCGGGUCUGUGCUAUUCCAUCAACUUCAACGAAGCCACAAGAGUUCCAGCACUGCUCACAUCAUUGGAUGAGCCACUCGCAAUGAAGUUCGGAUAUGCUCCAAUGACCUCAGCUGGGCAGGUUCACGGAGUUGUUCUGUUGAGCCCACUGAUGUUUAGAAUACCUGCCGGGACAGCAUAUUUUCUCAUCUGGGUCAACAAGGCCGUCGCCUUGGAAGCACAGGAGCCCGAGAAGUCCACGGGCCUCACCAGUCUCUUCGCCUCGCGUUUGGGAGCUUCGCCUCCUGAAAGCGUUCAACUUCCAGCCAUGGCGACGUCGAAGGGCCUAGGGAAGUCGACUAAAGAUCGCAGGUCUGCUUUGCAAAUGCUUCAAGCUCAACUCAGUGGUCAAUUUGGCCCUUACGUCCAGGACUCAUCGGGAGAUGUCCAUUUAGAUCUUUCCUUCAAGGAUGGCAAGUGCAGCAUCCUCGUAUUCUGUUGUUUGCGAGUAGUCUAUGCGUCUUCCGGCAUCGGCGCUCUUCCAGCUGUGACCAAGUGA